UACAAUGUCUUUUUUAUUUAAUGUAUUUAAAAUUUCAUAAAACUUUGAAAUGUGAUCAGCUCUGCUGUGAGUGCUCUUGCCUCUAAUUAUUAAGAGGGGCGUAAAGGAAUAAUGAAAAAUGAUUUGUUUUUAUCUUAUCCUUGUUUUGCAACCUGAGUUUAUAUCCUUUAGAAACGAAUUAGGUUAACUUAUUCAGCAAAUAUUGGACUUUAUUUUAUUGGCAUGGAACACUAGCAACUUCUUAGGUCUUAACACUUUUCCCUGGAUACUUUCUUUCUACUAUUAACUCAAUUUGUAUGGAUUGAGACUUAUUCCAUUUCUUUAGUUGCAAUAAUUCGAAUAGUGUCAUCUUAGCAUUUUUAUCAUAUUGAUAUGGGUUCUGUUUUAGUGAAACUAAAAUAUACUUUUUCUCUCUAUGUUUAAAACUUCAAUUCCUUCCUUAACUGGUAGGAUUUGGAGGGUUUAGGAAAGGAGGAAAGGACAAAGUAAAGCAUAAACGGUUGGGGUCUGUUAGGACAGUUAGGAAGCAGGGGUAGGAUAACUGUCUUGGUGGGGUGUUAUGUGCAGAUUAGGAGGAGUCUUUAAAUAGGGAAAGGGGUGUCUAGGGAUGUUAUGUUGAGUUGAUUGUACCUUAGUGACAGGACAGUGGUUUUCCUGUGUGAGGGGAGACAACUCCCUUGAGGAAUUGUAUUCUUUUCUUACAAGAAUAAUAAUACAAGACUGUUUCAGUGUUUCUGUGUGUUUGGUGCUGCCAAGUGUGUGUUUUCUGAUUUCUGGUUUCAAGAAACCUACAAGAAUCCUUAUUAUUUACUUAAGCAUGGUAGCUCCAUUUAGCAAUGUUGAUCCUCUAACUUUAGAUACAUGUACUACGUGUUGAAAUUGAACAUUUAAAAUCUCUCAUGAAGUGUAUAUGUAAGUCACCAUCUAGUACUUACUCUUUAGCCAUAUUGAUAAAAACUUCAAUUCCUCUUUUAAUGUUGUUAGAAUAUUGGUUUAUGGGUGAGUGUGUAUGAGCUGUGUGUGAGUGUGUAUGAGUGUGUAUGAGUUGUGUGUGAGUUGUAUUAAGUGGAUUACAACUAGAGAGCACUCUCUCUAGUUCUAUAAAUGUAAGCUUAAGAGUAGAAAUGAAAUAAGUCUUUGAGAAACAUUUUUUCUCUCUUUUAGAUCUCAAGUUGGUAUCAGAGCGGGUUCAUCCUGCUCUGGUUUCCGUGUGUUGUUCACCAGCACGGUCACUGCUGGUUGCACCUGUCCGGUGCCGUUCGUCGUUGUCUGCGGCUGUCUCGCCACUAUUUGCAGCUGUCAACUGCAAUUUCAAAUUUUUCAACUUGGCCGCCAUCCUGGUAUCUGUCCGCUACCGUCUGCCGCUAUCCGCCGACCGCCGCCGACCGCCGCCGACCGCCGCCACUGUUCCGCCCGGCGACCACUGGAUCUGGUUCGCCUCUUCACGCGACAGCCAACCAUGCCGGUGGGUUCGCCUGAUUCUCCUCCACGCUCCGUCACGCGCCACCUCUUUGCGCGCUGCGAAUAGGCGUGUGCUGUCCACGCGCCGCCCUCUGCUCACCAGAAAGUUUACGCACCACCUCCAUAGCCGUCGCCCUCAGCUCCUCUAUCCAUUUUGACCCUCAAAAUCUUACUUUGGUGGGUCCAGAAGCUCCCUUUUAAGAAAACCUUAAGAAACCCUCUAGGGUUUUCUGGUCCUUCACGGAUUUUCUGAUUUCCUCUCCUGUUUUUAUCAAAGAAUGGCAUUUGGAAGUGUUCUUUCUUUCUCUGGAAGUCCCUCAAUCACUUCCGAAAAGCUAAAUGGAAAGAAUUAUAUGUCUUGGUCUGCUGCUGUAGAAAUGUGGUUCCUUGGUCAAGGACGUUAUGACCACCUUGAGCAGGAUGGGAGUCAAGUACCUUCUGACAUAGCUGAACAAUGGAAACAAGCUGAUUUUCAAUUGUGUGCCCUCUUGUGGCAAUCUGUGGAACCCCGACUUUUGAUAUCUCUUAGAGCCUUCAAGACAUGUCACACUUUUUGGAAGAAAGCUCAAAGCAUUUAUGCUAAUGAUAUUCAACGUCUCUAUGAUACCGCAAACAAGCUCGCCUGUCUCAAAAUGACAGACCAUGAUAUGGUCUCCUUCAUGACUGAAGCCCAAGCAGCUGUGGAAGAAUUGAGAAUGUUCUUGGAAGUGGAAUCUUCGGAAGAUAUCAAAAAGAAGCUUGACAAGUAUUAUAUGGUGAUGAUCCUCCGUGCUUUGCAUCCAGAUUUGAAUCACAUCAGAGAUCAACUUCUGACAAGUCAUGAAGUCCCUUCUAUGGAAGCCUUAACCACACGUCUUCUUCGUGUUCCUGUGCCUCAGUCUCAGGAAGCUCAUGAAACAAUAGCACCAUCUCUCAUGGUUGCCACGCGAGGAAGAGGAGGACGUGGAACUAGAGGAGGAGGACGUGGAGGUCGGGGAAAUCAACAGUGCUCUUACUGUAAGAGGAUGGGUCACAUCCGAGAAAACUGCUACUCCUUGCAUGGCUUUCCUUCAAAAACUGCCAAUAUAUCUCAGGCUGAAACUUCCAUUUCCAACUCCAAGUUUACUGAGGAAGAGUAUCAAGAGUAUCUGCGCUUAAAGUCUAACAGCUUGGCACAAUCAUCUCAGUCCUCAAGUACGUCCACAGCUUGCAUUUCUCAAUCCAUGGCAGGUCCAAAUUCAUGGGUAAUUGACUCGGGUGCUUCUGAUCACAUUUCUGGAGCGUGGCUCGGGGAGACAGAUUGGAGAAGGAUAUGAAGCUGGAGGUUUAUACCAUUUUGGAUUUCGUCCACGGGUAUCUUGUGUUGCUGCUCUUCCCCCUAAAGUGUUACAUGAUCGGUUUGGCCAUCCUAACUUG